AUGAACUUACUAUGGUUACAAUGUCUUCCCACCUCAGGCCUGGAAACCGAGUCUUGCUCACGAGCACUGUCCCAGGCCCAAGUAUAUCUGGAGCAGAUUCGAAACCACAUGUCUCCUGAGAGCCCUGAUAUUCAUGGGAUUGGCAAGCGUGAUUACCUCGUAGACGCGGCCAAACAGAUCCGCCUGGCGCUUGAGCGGGACGUGAGCGAGGACUAUGAGGCAGCUUUCAACCACUAUAAAAAUGGGGUCGAUGUGCUACUCAAUGGAGUACAAGUUGAUCCCAACAAAGAGCGGCGUGAGGCGGUGAAGAGGAAGAUCACCAAGUACCUGAGGCGGGCAGAAGAGAUCUUCAACUGCCACCUGCAGAGGACGCUGGGGAACAGGACCAGCCCUGGCACGGGUUUCAGCAGCCUGAGGCUCCGGCCCAUCCGUACCUUGAGCUCAGCAGUGGAGAAUCUGAGGUGCUGUAAGGUAGUGGGGGUCAUUGAAAAGGUUCAGCUGGUCCAGGACCCUGCCACUGGGGGGACCUUUGUAGUUAAGAGCCUUCCCAAAUGCCACGUAGAGACCUGGGACCGUCCAACCAUCAUCCCCAACGGCGUCCCCUACAUGGCCAAGCUUCUUAGAUACUCUGUGAGUGAGGACUCCAUCUUCUUGCACUUGGAGCAUGUGCAGGAAGUGGGUGGGAUUUCUGAGCUGACAGAAGCCUGUGAUUGGUGGAGCUUUGGGUCUCUACUGUAUGAACUUCUAACUGGAAUGUCGCUGUCCCAGAACCACCCCUCAGGAAUCCACGUGCACACCAGGCUCCAUCUGCCUGAGUGGCUCAGCCGACCAGCUACAUCCCUGCUCACCGAGCUGUUACAGUUUGAUCCCUGCCGGCGCCUCGGUGCUGGAGGAGGAGGUGUCAACAAGCUCAAAUCCCACCCAUUUUUUAGCACCAUCCAGUGGAACAAGCUGGUGGGAUAG